UUACUGUAUCAACUUUUUAAAAAAAUUUAUUAAUUCUCUCUCACAUCUCAGGCGUGUGUGGCUCUUUUCUCUCUCUCGCGCCUGAAUCCUCCUCCAUCACCACAACCACAACCACAGCCACAAAUGGAGGCACUCUUCGACUCAAUCAAUGUCCGCGAUCUCCUCUCUGCCCGCGACCUCAGCGACCCAUCGUCCCCGCUAUCCGCACCGGAUCUGCGUCUCCUCACCCAGCGUCUCGAAUCCCACUCUCUCCAAAUCAAAUCCAAGGUCCAAUCCUACAUCCUCUCCCACCACGAACACUUCGCCAACCUCUUCUCCCUCUGCACCGACGCCGUUUCCCAGUCCGAUUCCAUCUCCGCCAACGUCGCCGAUCUCUUGCGUUUUAUCUCAUCCGACCGUCCCGUCGAUGUUGAGAUUCGCGACCUCAUCGACGAGGUCAAUGCCAAGGUGAAGGAAUCGAGGACACAGAGGGAAUUGCUGGAUUUGGUGAGGGCAAUUGCGGAAAUUAACGACAGGUUUGAGGGAGUGAGGGAGGCAUUGAGGAAUGGACGGUUUAGAUUCGCCGCUGAGGAUCUAACGCUGUUGAAGAAAGCCUUGCAUGUUGAUGAUGAUGAUGCUGACGUGGCUGACCAGACUCAAAAUCAGCCUCUGGUGUACGCACUGUUGAAGAAGGAAUGGUCCGAUUGCUUUGAAGAGAUUCAAGAGGUGCUAGUAAAAUUCAUGGAAAAUGGGGUGCGUUUUGAGCUGGAGACUAGAAGACUUCGCGUCCAAUAUCGGUUGAGUCAUGAUGGAAUCAAGGGGAUUGAGCUCCGAACAGUUUUCGAGGCCAUGGAUGUGGUUGGAAUUUUGGAUUAUGGACUCGCUAAAGUAGCAGAUUUGAUAAUCAAGCAUGUCAUAACUCCCGUGGUAAAACGCGGAUCACCUAUUUCAUUUGUGGAGGAGGUAAAUCAAGACUCCAAAGAAAUGACCGAAGCAAUAUUGAAGAUAGUACCAUCAAUUGAUCCUAAGAUUGAAAAUGUUGAAGGUGAGGCAAUCUAUUCAGGGAUUAUUCAGGUCGUUAAGUUUAUCUACAAAUUCAUAUGCUUCGAAAAUGGUUCUUGGAUUCAUUCUUUUGGAAGAUUGACGUGGCCAAGGAUAGCAGAGAUGAUUAUUUCUAACUUUCUUUCCAAGGUUGUACCUAAGGAUGCUUCAAAGCUUGCCGACUUUCAGAAGAUUAUCGAAUGUACAUCUCAGUUUGAGACUGGUUUAAAGGAAAUGUUAUUUAUUUCAGCAUCUGAUAACAAGGAUGAAAGACUGAGCAACUUCGCUGAAAAUGUUGAGGUUCAUUUUGCAUCUAGGAAAAAGGCAGAAAUCCUGGCAAAGGCUAGAAAAUUGCUUCUACAUUGUGACUUUGACGUUCCUCAAGAGUACACAAGGAAAGGUCCUAUGUUGAAGAAGGAUGGAAUGGCUGUAAAUUCUUAUGAACAAGUUGUAGAUUUGCUUUUUUUGUCUGAGAGUUGUGUGGUGUCUAAAGCUGUGAGUCAAUUAAUGGAGCUAGUGCAUCAGACACUGAAGGAUGUUUGCCUGUCAUCCACUAGAGUUGCUCUAGAAUUCUAUCAUGCUGCUAGGGAUGCUAUGCUUCUCUAUGAAGUUGUCAUGCCUGUCAAGCUGGAAAGGCAGCUUGAUGGCAUCAAUCAGGUUGCUGUUCUCAUGCACAAUGACUGUAUUUAUCUAUCUCAAGAGAUACUUGGGCUUGCAUUUGAGUAUCGCUCAGACUUUCCAAAUUCCCUUAAGGAACAUGCCAUAUUUGUUGAUAUGGCUCCAAGGUUUCAGCUUAUGGCAGAAGAAAUACUGCAGAUGCAAAUUCAACUUAUUAUAUAUAAUUUAAAAGAGGCUGUAGAUGGUGCUGAUGGUUUCCAGAAUACCUAUCAGAAGCAACAAUUUGAAUUAGCAAAGUUUAGUAUAGAUCAGGUAAUUUUUAUUCUGGAGAAAGUUCAUAUCAUAUGGGAGCCACUCUUGCUGCCUUCAACUUACAAGAGAAGCAUGUGUAUGGUUUUAGAAACAGUUUUUUCUAGAAUCACGAAAGAUAUACUCCUUUUAGAUGAUAUGGCAGCAGAUGAAACAUUACAGCUUCAAAGACUGAUUCAUCUGAUGUUGGAAAAUCUAUCUUCUUUGUUUGAAUCCCUGAGAUCUGUCAGCCAAAAGAGGCCACAAGAGGACUCUACAGCCUCUCUUGAUCAUCUAAUACCAUCUUUAUGUAAAAUCCGUAAACUGGCAGAAUUAUUAGAUUUGCCUCUGAAAUCCAUUACAACUGAUUGGGAAAGUGGAGAGCUGCUCAAUUGUGGUUUCACACUAUCAGAGGUGGAAUAUUUCAUCAAAGCCAUAUUUACAGACUCGCCUUUAAGAAAAGAAUGCUUAUGGAGGAUAGAAAAUUCCUGUUUUGAAAGCUCCAAUCAAUUUUCCUGAAUUUUCUACUGGGAAAGGAGAAAGCAGUAAAAUAAGUUUUAGAGAUGAUUCCUAACCGCACUGCAGUUCAAAUUCAUCCACACCUUUAUGGCAAUACAAGGAACAGAAAACAGUAGGUUUAUCAAUGGGAUUAAUGCCUUGUCUGAUUGGGAGGAUGGAAAAUUGAAAUGAUAGAAAAGGUGAAGAGGAUAGAAUGGACAAAACGAAAGCCGCAGUUCUUUUGUUGUUUUUGUUUGUAAAGUUCAUUCUACUUGUAAAAAAAGAAACCUUCCCAGUCUUGGUUGUAAACUUUUCCAGAUCUGAGAUUUGUGUGGUGAUGUACAUGUACGACGGAUUAGAAAGAAAAUUUUGCAGUUUUAUUUAUUUAUUUAUUUUUUUGCUAAA